UCCGUCUCCAUAGGAACCGGGCCUAGGCCUCAGGCUCCGUCUAGAAGAUGCGGCCGGAGGUGAUUGCUGUCAAACUGGCCGAGCAGCCGCGGGCCCCGAAGCUGCUGCUGCCUCUGCCCGAGGGCCUGCAGCAGGGCCCCGGCGGCGGAGUCCGGAUCUCCGCCUUGAAGGAGCUGAUUGUCGAGAAACUGCCCGGAGCCGCGGCCGCCCCGGAGCUUAUGGAGCUGGUGUACUGCGGGCGCAAGCUGAAAGAUGAGCAGACGCUGGAUUUCUAUGGGAUUCAAGCUGGCUCCACGAUCCACGUCCUGAAGAAGUCCUGGCCGGAGCCAGAACAGAAACCCGAGCCCGUGGAGCAGGCAGCUGCAGCCCGGGAGUUCCGUGUGCUCCAGGCAGCAUUGCAUGCCAGCCCUGCCUACAGGGAGGCGGUUUUCAAGAUGUUGGCAAACAAGGAAUCUCUGGACCAGAUCAUUGUUGCAACACCGGGGCUCAGCAAUGACCCCAUUGCUUUAGGUGUUUUGCAAGACAAAGAUUUGUUUGUGCUCUUCACUGACCCAAGCCUAUUGGACACGUUGAUUUCUUCACAUCCCGCAUUAGUUAAUGCGAUGGUAUUGGUCCUACACUCUGUGACUGGUGAGGCCCCUUCACCGACUGCUGCCAGUAACUCCAGGAGUAUUCCAUCUAGUUCUUACAGUGAGGUCCCAGGUGGAUUCCUCUUUGAUGGGCUUUCUGAUGAUGAAGAUGAGUUUCAUCAGGCCCGGGCCACUGCUUCCUCCAGCAACCCCUCUAGCUCCCGUCCAGCCACGCUGGGCUACAGUGGCUCAGUUGGACCUCGACCGAUCACGCAGAGUGAGUUGGCGACUGCACUGGCCCUGGCCAGUACCCCAGAGAGUAGUGCUGCCACCCCGACCACAGGAACGCAGGGCACAGCGUCAGGUCUGUCUCCGGUGAUGAACUCAGUGCCGCCAGCUGCCCCAAUCAGCCACGAUAUAUUCAGCCAGGCACUGCAGCAGGCUCUGCAAGCUUCGAACAUCUCAGCACUUCAGAAUCAAUGGCAGCCACAGCUCCAGCAGCUCAGGGACAUGGGGAUCCAAGACAGCGAGCUGAGUCUGCGGGCUCUGCAGGCCACCGGAGGGGACAUCCAGGCUGCCCUGGAACUCAUAUUUGCUGGAGGAGCCCUUUAGCUUUGCUGGCCAGUAACUGAGGUGCUCCUGCCCAACAGAAGCAGCAGGAGAGUGUGCAUGGUGCAUGCCAGAACAUGUAACUGUUGAGACUGAUUUGUUUUAGAAGGAGCUUUCAGUGGGGGGAGAGGACUGGCUGUGGUGAGUACUUGGGUGCUGCAGGUCUCUGGGAACUUUGUGUGGAAUGAGACACCAGUUUGUUUUUUAAAGGUAUGCCCAUUUCAACAAAAUCCUGUGACUGGAAUUUGUUCUGUCAAACUAUAGUGGGGCGGUAUGCUCUCGCUACAGGGCAUGCUUUGUAUUUUAAAGCAGAUUUCUGUCUCAAAGUGGGGUGAAGUCCCUAAAGCUGGCCUUUUGUCAAGAUGAGCAAUUAGACAUUUUCAGUGUUACUGCUACACGUUCAUGCAGUGUGUGAUUAAAUAUUGAAAUACACAGUCAUCUCUCACUUUCCCUUUUUUUUGAGCACAAGUCUAUCAGUUUGGGUUAUACAGCCCUUCAGUCGAUGAACAUAUAUUAAAAACUCUAGAUGUUGCCCUCUCCCAAACAGGAAAGUUGUGACGCUUGGGACUUUGUCUUGCGUCAGCACUGGUCACUCCUGAAGCCCACAUCUUUAUUCUGAAGUUCCUCUUUAAAUUGCAUCAUUUUAAAAAUGCAACUUGGAGUGUUUCUUACUGGCAUGUUUACAUAUCUGACCACUUUCAUUUUAUACAACUUGUGAAUCUGAUGAUGACUUGGGUCUCCACUGUCAUUUGGUUUUGGGUGGGGUGGAUGGUGGAAAUGGCUACGAAUAGUUUUACCACUCGAUCUGCUUUGGAGACUUGCAUGGCUUCAGACAAUUGCCUUAUUUUUAACCUGGCGUUCGGAGCUUCUAAUACUAGGGUGCAUGUCCGGCUCGUCUCCUUUGUAAAGUUGGAUGUGGUUAGCAGACAAAUGGAAACCACCCACCAGAGGUUGAUGGCACCAAUCCAUUCUUUUCAAUAUCAGCUAUCCAACAGUGGCUUCCUCGUGUGCACUGCUGAUACGUUACACGGUGGUGAUCUCCAUAUGCCCCAAGCUUUCAACAAGGAACACUGAGAAUGUCACCUUGGAAGCCUGAACCAUUAGUCAGUUCUUAAGUAAUUGCUUAAGAUAAUGUUUGGCUGUUUAUAAUUAUUGUGUGAUGUUAUUUUACAAGUAUGUGGUCCAUUAAACUUUAUUCUAAUA